AUGACCAGCUUUCUAAAAUACAAGACUUAUAUUGAAGAAGGAGAUCUUGUCAUUGCGUACAUAUCUCGAGAGAACAUGACACCGCUAAUUAUAGAUUCUAAGUCAACGUACAACAAUAAGUUUGGUACUUUUCGGCAUUCAGAUAUGAUUGGGAAGGAAUAUGGAACUAAGAUGCCUUCCCACAAUGGCAGAGGAUUCAUGUAUUUGCUACACCCAACACCAGAAUUAUGGACACAUGUUGUUCCACAUAGAACACAGAUCCUAUAUAUGGCAGAUAUAUCUUUUAUAACAACAUAUCUUGAUUUAAAACCUGGCUCAAUAAUAUUGGAAUCUGCUAGAACUAUUUCUCCAAAUGGUCAUUUAUAUACGUUUGAAUAUCAUGAAGAACGUGCAAAAGCAGCAAAACAAGACUUUGAAAGACAUGGUCUCUCUGAUCUCAUCACUACUGAAUGCAGAGAUGUUUAUAAGGAUGGAUUUGGAAUAACCGAUUUAGUACAUGCUGUUUUUUUGGACUUGCCUGCACCAUGGGACGCAAUUGCUUCUGCUAAAGCUGCUUUUAAGCAAAAACGUAUAGGUAAAAUUUGUUGCUUUAGUCCAUGUAUUGAACAAGUACAACGGGCGUGUGCUUCAUUGAAUGAGCAUGGGUUUGUUGAAGUACAUACCAUUCCAAUAUAUACCGUGAAAGAUGCCGUAUCCAAAAUCAAAGUUCAACAAGACAAAAAACGUAAGCGUAACGAAGAAGAAGCAUCUAAUUCGAAAGCAGUAAAAUCUCCCAAAAUUAAACAAGAUCCACCAAAUUUAUAUGUAUCCAAAACUCCAACUGAAGCAAAAGGUCAUACUAGUUAUUUAACUUUUGCUACAUUUUUACCAGUUUUAGAUGAUGAAAUUGAAAUUAUUGAUAAAGCGAAUGAAUUCAAUUAA